UGCGCAGUAGGGGCCGUCGUGGAAUGUAUGUGCUGACGUCACCUAGUGUGAUCGGAAGUCACUCGGUCAUCUGAAAAAUAACGUCGUCUCUCGCUGCGGCGCUUAAAGAUGGCCUACCCUAAAUCCCAUAACCCCUUUGCCGAUGAUGACGAUGAAGACUUUAAGCCUAAAAGUAGGGGUUUUGGUGACAACAACGAUGAUGAUAGUGAUGAUGGAUUAACUGAUGCGGAAAAGAGGCAGCGCUACCUCCAACGGGAAGUGAUACGUACUGCUCAGUCUGCUGUCGACAGCAGUUACCGCUCCAUGGGCCUCAUCUAUGAAUCUGAGAAGAUGGGUGUGGAAACUGCAGAGGAGCUGGUGCGACAGGGUGAGGUUCUGAAGAGAACUGACAAGAUGAUGGACAACAUGGAUCAAGACCUGAAAACCAGCCAAAGGCACAUUAGCAGCAUCAAGAGUGUGUGGGGCGGCCUCGUCAAUUACUUCAAAGGCAAACCAGAGACAAAGCCACCACCUGAGGAACCCAAGGCCUACCAGGCCUCGGAAAAAUUACAAAGUGCCAUGUCCGGCAGCAGAGAGUAUGAAGAUAAAUACCAAGCUAGUCACCCCAACCUAAGAAGGAUUAACACAGAAGGAUUUGGAGGUGCUACGUCAAUGGAUGAUGGCUCAUCCAGGCAGAAUGGAUUUUCUAAGAACAAACACCUCAAGGAGGCUCACCAGACCCUGGACAAUAAUCUAGAUGACAUGUCGGACGGCCUGAAAAGACUGAAGAACCUGGGACUUGGUCUCCAGUCUGAGAUCGAGGCCCAGGACGACUCCAUCGACUCUCUGCUGAACAGAGUGGACAAAAUGGAUAUGAAGAUUCACAACACAAACCAACAGAUAAAAAAACUCAAAUGAAAAAAAAAAUGAACACACUUGACAGAGAGACAGAGACAAACAGAUCGGUCCGCUCUCAUGUCUCUUCCAUCCAAGGCCUUUAUCAAGCAUGUGUUCUUUUUUUGUUGUUAUUAUGAAAUGGGAUAUGAAUGAAAUACUUAGUGUUAAAUUGUUGACUCAAAUUUGAAAUCACUUUUCAAAUAUGAUUUAAACUAAAAGUUAUUUUAUGUACUUUGCGCACAGUGAGUAGGCUUUAUAGAGAACACUUUCCAGUGUAUUCAAUUGAUUGUCACUGUUUUAUUGGAGGUUGGAAUCUGACUUUUUAUCCCCACGAAGCUGUCAUCCACUACUGUGUCAGUGAAAUCUCCCUGAUGUUUCAAGUUUGGGCUUUAACAAAUUUUCUAUUGUGGACCUUCAACUGCAUUUCAAUGUAGAAUGGUGCUUUAGACAGUAUGUGUUGCUCGAGCCACAAUUGCCUUUCAUUGCUCAGUUCAUCUCAUGAUCAUGCUUCAUGGCUCAAACUUCUUAAGUGUGUGUUUGUUUGUUUUUCUCAGGCUCUUUGUUGACCUUUUGUUCUAUUCAGUUGUGGUUAAUGUAUGCUGUUUGGUAUAGUGAUUGCUACAGACUGUGAUGGUAUGUUUAAAUAUACAAAAUGUGAUCAAGUCUAUAACCACAGUUCCUACCUAGAUUUUUGCGGGGAAAUGACCACCAGUUAGAACUAAGGAAGCCUCUUGGAUGAGAGGUGAAAUGUCUUCUUUUAGAAAAUUCACGUCCAGUUGCCUAACAGAACUUUUCAUUAACUUUUCUUUCUCAUUAAAGUGUUGAUUGUGAAAAAAUAACCAAGGAUUCAUUAAUAAAACAUAUCAUGCUUCCAU